AUGGCGGCCAGACAAGCCAUCAAUCGACCAAAUUUCUCCUCCCCGAUCCUCUCGGAGGCCAUCAUACAUAACGGGCUGGUCUACGCCAGUGGAAAGAUAGGACUCGAUACCAGAACCGGAACUUUGGUGUCCGAUGAUGUGGCCGAGCAAACAAAAACAGCAUUAGGACUGUUGGAGUCGGUACUCCUCGAAGCAGGUAGUGGGCUACAUAAGAUCAUCAAGUGCAACAUAUACCUGACGAACAUUGCUGAUUUCGCAGCCAUGAACACCAUCUAUAUUGCCACCAUCCCAAAUCCUAAGCCUGCUCGGGUAUGCGUGACGGUGGCUGAUCUUGGACGGGGUGCUAAGGUAUUUAUCACCUGUCAUAUAUCGCGAAGAACUCAAGCCAACAGUAAAUUGUCAAAAGGUGGAGAUUGA